AACAUGACUUGUACGAGAGACUGCAGGAAGUUGAGCAGGAUAGAUUUCGUUUGGUUCAGCGAGUUAAUGGUUUAUUCAAAACCAACCAAGCAUACGAAAAAGAUAUUACAGUGCUGCGUGAUUUGAAUAAGAAAUUUAAAGACGGCCUUCUCGAGAUGCAGUCUGAACUUUGUGAAACCGAGGAUCACAACGCAAAAGUGUUCCAGAACAUAACCACCGAAAAUGAAAACCUGAAAGAACAAAUUCUCGACUACAAAGAUAUGGUUCAGAACCUAACCGUUGAAAAGAUAAAGCUGUCCGGGGACAAUAAAGGACUCAACAACAAACUCGUCGCUUUUGAGACCUACUGUGUCAACUACCAAAAUAUGGUUCAGAAUCUAACCAUGGCAAAGGAAAAACUGUCCGCGGAAACUGAAAACCUCAACAAACAACUUGUCGAGGAACGGUCUGGUUUUUGUGCCAUGGAAUUGGAGGUUGGCUACAAAGAUGUGGUCCAGAACCUAACCAUGGCAAAUGAAAAACUGUCCGCGGAAACUGAAAACCUCAACAAACAACUUUUCGAGGAACGGUCUGGUUUUUGUGCCAUGGAGGCCGGCUAUAAAGAUAUGGUUGAGAACCUAACCGUUGAAAAUAUAAAGCUUUCCGGGGACAAUACUGAACUCAAAAACAAUUUCGCCUCUUUAGAGUCUAACUGUGCCGGCUAUAAAUACGUGGUGAAGAAUCUAACCAUGGACAAGGAGGAACUGUCCGCGGACAAUGACAGCCUCAACAAACAACUCACCGAAGCACAGGCCGGAUUUUGUCUUAUGCAGGAGGAGUACAAAUUCUUGAUCGAUGACAUGACCACGGAGAAUCAGUAUCUCAUCGAGGAGAAUCAGGAGCUAACUUCGGAAAAAGAGAAACUGCACAAAAGGCUUAAAAAAUGUCAAGGGUAA